AUGUGGAAUAAAUUGGAUACAGUUUUUUUAUGGAUUUUAACGGGUACUAUAAAUGGUCUUUAUGCAUUGAAGCUAGACUUUGGCAACUGUCCCAUAUACUUCGAAGAACCAUGCAGUCCUUACGCUACAAAGUUCAUCCUAUCCAUAGGUAAAGGUGAAAAUGUAACUUAUCAUGAUCUGGAUCCUUACACACCAUUAAUUCCUAAAGAAUUCAACCAUCUUUUGCCAUUUAAAGUUGUUAUUCACGGUUAUGGAGGACUAACCGUAGACACUGCCAUCACGAAUGUCACAGUAGCUUAUCAAAGCGUUGGAUACAAUGUUCUUAUAGUGGAUUGGGAACCUAUUUCUUCCAUUCCGUGUUACAUCACAUCAUAUUUAAAUACGUGGCAUGUAGGACAGUGCUUAGCAAUUCUUGCCAUGAACCUCUUUCCAUACGGCAUCAGUCCCCUCUUGACGCACAUUGUGGGAUUCAGUCUGGGAGCUCAUAUUGCUGGUUUUGCUGGAAACAAUAUUAAAAAUACCAUGGGGCUUUCAUUUAUGAGAAUUACAGCAUAUUUUGCGUCACCACUUUUAUACUCCAAUGCUUAG